CAUGGUGAGCGACGCCGCGGAGGAGAAAGACGACGCAGAGAACAGAACACACAAUGGCGACGGCGGCGACAACGGCUGGCGGGACGGGAUCAGGCGGACCGGCUACCGGCCCGACCGGCGGCGGCGGCGGCACCGCAGUCGGACGCAAGAAAGACGGCGGUCCUUCUACGAAAUUCUGGGAGAGUUCAGAGACGGUGUCCCAGUUUGAGACGGUGCGGCAGUGGAUCGGAAAGCACUACAAAAAGUAUGUCCAGAACGACUCCCCCUCCUGUAAAUCCUUGGCGGGUCUGGUGGUUCAGCUGCUGCAGUUCCAGGAGGACGCAUUCGGACGCAGGGUUAACAAUCCUGCUCUCACCAAGCUACCUACCAAAUGUUUCCUGGAUUUCAAGGCAGCUGGGUCCCUCUGUCACAUCCUGGGCUCGGUCUACAAGUUUAAGAGCGAGCAAGGAUGGCGUAGAUUUGACCUGCAGAACCCUUCCCGCAUGGACAGAAACGUGGAAAUGUUCCUGAAUGUGGAGAAGAACUUGGUCCAGAACAACUGCUUGACUCGGCCCACAGUGUUCCUGUCGCCUGACAUCGAGCAGAAACAAGCCAGUAAGCUCAAAGACAUCAUCAAAAGGCACCAGGGCUCCAUCACUGACGAUAAGUCUAAAGCCACCCACCACAUCUACCCCUCUCCAUCCCAACAAGAAGAAGACGAGUGGCUUCGUCCGGUCAUGAGGAAAGACAAGCAGGUGUUGGUGCACUGGGGUCUCUCUCCAGACAGCUAUGAUACCUGGGUGUCAGCGAGCGAGGUGGACGGGGAUGUGGAGGACCCGCCCACCAAUGACAGACCGUGGAAGGUCCACGCUAAGUGGGUGUUAGACACCGACGCCUUCAAUGAGUGGAUGAAUGAAGAAGACUACGAAGUGGACGAAAACAAGAAGCCAGUCAGCUUCCGCCAGAGGAUCUUCCCCAAGGAGGAGGAGUCUUCCCGUACACCCGAUCGAAAGGAGCGCAAGGCCAACUCCGCCGGCAAGAAGAGGAGGCGCUCGCCCUCGCCGCCCAGCACUCCCGCCGAAUCCCGCAAGAAGGGAGGAAAGAAGGGGAACCCGGGGCCUCACUGGAAGCGACGGGGCCACCGAGGCGAGGAGGAGGACACGGAGGAGGACAUGACCAAGGAUAUGGACGACUCCUCAGCUGGAGCCAGCAUGGAGGAGGGCAGCAUGUCCAAAAAUGCGAAGAAAGACGAGAGUACUCCGGUGAAAGGCGGGAAUGUGGCUGACCUGGAUGACAUGGAGGAUGACUCUGUGCUGUCGGGAGGAAAGGAUGAUGAGGAGCAGGGCAAAGCUGAAGUCAACCGCCUGAUCGACGCCAGCGAGGACAACGUGACCGAACAGACUCAUCACAUCAUCAUCCCCAGCUACGGCGCCUGGUUUGACUACAACUGCAUCCAUGAGAUCGAGAGACGAGCUCUGCCCGAGUUCUUCAACGGAAAAAACAAGUCCAAAACUCCAGAGAUAUUCCUGGCCUACCGUAACUUCAUGAUCGACACGUAUCGACUGAACCCUCAGGAGUACCUCACCUCCACUUCCUGUCGCAGGAACCUGACCGGGGACGUCUGUGCCAUCAUGAGGGUUCAUGCGUUCCUGGAGCAGUGGGGUUUGGUGAACUACCAGGUGGACCACGAGAGUCGCCCAUUGCCCAUGGGCCCCCCACCCACUCCUCAUUUCACAGUGCUGGCUGACACACCAUCCGGCCUCAUGCCCCUGAACCACAGACCCCCACCGAUCCCCCCUCAACAGCAGAUGGCUAACUUCAUAGACAAAGGCAAAGACAAGUCCAUCGACCUGCAGAACUUCGGGCUUCGCGCGGACCUCUACAGCAAGAAAAACCCCAAGGGGAAACCAUCAAACUCCACCAGGGACUGGACCGAGCAGGAGACUCUGCUGCUGCUGGAGGCCCUGGAGAUGUUCAAAGAUGACUGGAACAAAGUGUCCGAGCACAUCGGUUCUCGCACACAGGACGAGUGUAUCCUCCACUUCCUGCGGCUGCCCAUCGAGGAUCCCUACCUGGAGAGCACCGAGGCCUCCCUGGGUCCUCUGGCCUACCAGCCCAUACCCUUCAGCCAGUCUGGAAACCCCGUCAUGAGCACGGUGGCCUUCCUGGCCUCUGUGGUCGACCCCAGAGUGGCGUCUGCUGCUGCAAGGGCAGCUCUAGAGGAGUUCUCCCGCGUGCGCGAGGAGGUGCCGGCUGAGCUGGUGGAGGCUCAUGUGAAGAAGGUGCAGGAGGCGGCCAGGAGCACAGGGAAGGUGGACCCCGCCUUCGGCCUGGAGAGCAGCGGCAUUGCUGGCACCGCCCCCGAAGAGCCAGAAAAGACCGAAACUCCCGAGGCGGAGAAGAUGGACACAGACUCGGACUCCCAACAGGCCGAUAAGGCGGAGUUGAAGGACGAGGCAGAGAAGCCCAGCGAGUCUGCAGAGAAGAGCAGCGACAAGACGGAGGCCACCGAGAAGGUGAAGAAGGAGGGAGUGGAGACUUCAGAGCGCGAGGACGAGAACGAAGAGGGAGGGGAGGCCAAGGCGGCUCCAGCAGACAAAGAGAAGGAGGAGUCCAUGGAGACGUCGUCCUCGGACCAGGAGAAGGAGAAGGAGGAGAAGACGUUGACAGACGAGGGAGAGGAGAAGAGGAAGAAGCUGGAGCACGACAUCGGAGAGGGAAACAUCGCCACUGCAGCCGCCGCUGCUCUGGCGUCUGCUGCCACCAAGGCCAAGCACUUGGCGGCCGUGGAGGAGAGGAAGAUCAAGUCCCUGGUGGCCCUGCUGGUGGAGACCCAGAUGAAGAAGCUGGAGAUCAAGCUGAGGCAUUUCGAGGAGCUUGAGACCAUCAUGGAUCGAGAGAAAGAGGCCUUGGAGCUCCAGCGGCAGCAGCUGCUCACCGAGCGUCAGGCCUUCCACAUGGAGCAGCUCAAGUACGCUGAGAUGAAGGCGCGGCAGCAGAUGGAGCAGCAAGCCGCCGCUGCAGCAGCAGCCGCAGCCCAGGCACAGGGACAGACUCCCGGGACUGGACCCCAUCCUGGUCCUCCUCCACCAGGCAUGCACCCUGGAGGACCUCAGCCACACCACGGAGCACCAGUGCCCCACCACGGAGGACCCCCAUCCGGCGGUGCAAUGCACACUGGCUUCCCCUCGAUGGGUCACCACCCAAUGGCACCCCUGCACCCAGGACAGACAGGUCCGAUGGGACCAGGCCAGCCGAUUCCAGGGCGUAUGAUGCCCGGCCCUCCCACUGCUGGCCCCCCUCCUGGGGGCAUGCCUCCCAUGAUGCCCCCACGUCAUCCUGGAGCUCCCAACGGCAUGUAUCCUGGUCCUCCACCUGCACAGCCUGAAGCCGUACCUGCAGUUCCUGUGGGUCCUCCUGCGCCCCCAAGUGCACGGGGGCCUGACAACUAAGACCUAACACACACACACACACAUGACAAAAGCACACACACACACACACACACAAAACUAUCUCUGACCCCCCCCCCCCCCCCCCGUAUUGAUCGCCUUUGCUACUGGCUACCUUUAACCCUCAACAGCCAAAAGCUUCCAUAAACGUCAUCACCAACACACACACACACACACACACACACACACACACACACACACUCAGGUUUCAGUGGCAAGGGUUACCCACUUAACACACACACACACACACACACACACACACACACACACACACAUGCAGACUUCCUCUCAGGGCACUGCGGCAAAGGGUGGUCGAGUAAUAAACACUGUUUCCUGCUCUGUUGGGCCAGAUGGAGGCUGGAGAGAACGACUCUCUACACACGACAAAACGAGGAGACAGAAACCGACUGUCUCACUUUUUUUUUCUCUUUUCGAUGAGUUUUUAACGACACUGUAACCCCCCCCCCUCCCCCUCCCCUUACCCCCCUCCCUUCCCGCCACAAAGAAACACACUCCUAUUUCUGUCUGCUGCCCUUUUCUUCAAGCCAAACACUAGGGGGAGCUAGUGAGACAAAAGUGACCGGCAGACAUGGAGGGGUGUGUGCUGAGUAACCAGAGCUGUAACACACACACACACACACACACACACACACACACACACACACACACACACACAGAGGGCGCCCGGCCUCUUGUCUUGACGAGUAUCUACCUCUCGCUCCUCUUUUUAUGAAACACUGUACUUCUGUGUGUGUGUGUUUGUCUGUAAAUGUGUGUGUGUUCAGGACAGAGGGAGGGUUUGGUGGCGUUGCCCUCGUCCGCCUCCUCUGAUAAUAAUUAGUUCCUCCUUUUUAAAACGAGACUUUUGCAUUAAUGGUUAUUUUUUAGUAAAGAAAUGAAACAUCUUUGGAAUCAUUUAGUUCUCUAAAAAUAAUUGUCAACUAUUUCAAUGAACGAUUUUUUUUCUUUUAUUCAUUCAGAGUCGAGCUUCAUAAAUAUCGAUGUCGCCUCGUUUCUUUACGCCUCUAAACUGAACUUCUGUAAGUCGAGGACAAAACAACACAAUUCAGGAUUUCAUUUUCGGUGAUUCGGGAUUUUAAUUUUUCAGUGAGCGCUGGCAGCACGACAGCGCUGUAAAUGGACGCAGGCCCGUACUGAGAUCAUCGUUCUGGACGUUGUUACAGAUUUGUGACUCUAAAGUCUCGAUGGUUUCCGGCUUGUUUCUUUAGAUGCAAAGAAACAAAGAUGGAGUCUGGGUAACUGUCACUCGAGACAAAAGCGUGAUAACGACAUUUAUGAGUUGUGAUUUCGAGUCAAACAGAAAAUUACUCGUUACCAUGGGAACCUGAGUAAAAUCAAAUCUAUGAAUGUUUGUCCCUUUAGGGCUUCCGUAGAGUGACACGUUUGAUCUCUGAAACAUUAAUGCAAAAGUCUGAGACGACCCCAGAACGCCAGGCAGCGCCAUCAACACACACACACACACACAGAAGAGUAAGCUAAUCCGAGGCUCACACUGGAGGCUGCGUGUGCGCACACACACACACACACAGACUUGGCCAGACCCUGCCACAAGUCACUGGACGACCACACACACACAAAACACACGCAUACAUCUUAUCUCCUGCUGACCUUCACCCGGCCUUUACAGAGAGGGAGACGCCAUGACGCUCUUCCUCAGCGCGCUCGGCUUCUAGAUGUUUUGGGGGGUUUUUUAGGUGCUGACACUGUAGCGAAUGAACGGCCCGAACUUCAAACACCUCUGCUCACGAUAUCCGAACGCUUACUGCUGCCUACCUCGCUAACCCCGCCUCUCACACACACACACACACACACACACACACACACACACACACACACACACACGAUCGUUUAGCCACUCUCCACAGGAAAACCAAGCAAUAUCCUCAUUCCUGUGUAUCCUCUCAAACACACCGCUGUUUAAUACGUGAUGCAAUAUGAGAACCUGUCAUGUUGCCGUGAAGUAAAAUCCCAUCUAUUUAUUUACAGAGUUAAAAAUGGCGUUUAAUCAGUGAAUCAGCUGCUUCCGUUUCUUUUUCAAGCUAAAAUAAUCACGCAACCCGACACCAGGCAGCUCCGCUCAGCUUCUUAAAUGUGUUUUUCUUCGUCUUUUGUGAUUAUUAUCGGAUUAUUUUUGAGUUCUCGGGAAGCUGUUGCAACAACGACGUACAUUUCAAGACGUCAUCUUUGGUUUGAGGAGCUUUUUAAGACGCACUCUUUCAUGAUGCCCGUGCAUUUUUAAGAUCACAUGUUUGAAAAGUGUUCGUCAAUUAGCUCGUUCUGUCUUCAGUGGGCCGCCACACGCGGCUCGAUUCAUGCACGAUUAAUUUAAGCGUAAGCUAGCCUGAAAUGAAAGUCGAUUCAUUUAACAAUAAACGGAUAAAUGAUCUUAACUCGCUAAUUUCCCCAGCACCAGUCAGACGCCGAUCAUCUCCCAACAUCUACACACAGGUUACAAACUCACUCCUCUUGAUGUGACCUAUGACCUCUAACGACCCCGCCCUCCCCCCGCCACCUUGCGCUAGCACUGUUAGUACCUCUGCUACCUCUUCCUCGCUCAUCUGCUAGCUACCUCUUCUAGAAAUCUUCCUCUCUGCUACCUCUCUGCGCGCCCCCUUCGCUACCUCUCGUUCCCAUUUUCUUUCUUAAAUCUUCUUUUUUUUUUUUUUUUAUUCCCCGCCCACGCGACUGCUGCAUCGCCUCGCCCCCACCGCCCGCCUCUCCCUGUCGUCCGUCAGAGGAAGAAGAACACGCAUCAGAACACACGUACGGUCAUGUGACGCCCGCCCCCCCCUUCCUCCUUUCCUCAUCCAGGCUUGUUAUAUAACAUCACUUAAAUAUGACUACCCCCCCACCCCCCACAUAUAUGAUCUUUAACCUUCUUUGUGUAAUGUAUUUUUAAGGAGAAGUUUUGUGUAGAUGGAAUUUUUCUCUGUUCUUUGGAAGUUUGUAGCAUUUGUUUCCCUUUUUUUUUAUUUUCUAUGGGGUCUGUUGGUACUUGGACCUAGACACUGUCGAAUAAACUGUGUUUUGUACGA